GAGAGAGAGAGAGAACAGGUUUGAGCAGCAGUCUGACUGAAACACUCUCAGUGUCUUUAGACCGGAUCAGAGGAUCAGAUCGGAGCUGGAGGAGGAAACGACUCGAUACUUUGUUUCUUUUGGUGGAUUAAUAUCUGGAGACAUUUGAUCCAGCUGGUGGUUGAGUCUCCUCUGCGCGCUGAGGACCUGGAGGACCUGGAGGACCUGGAGGACACAGAGGAGACAGACUGAGACAUCCAGCUGGAAGAAGAGACGCCAACAAAGAGCGUUCAAGGAAGUCUCAGCUGAGAGACCGGGAGUUAGAGAGAGAAAGUGUCUCCUCCUGCAGCGGGGACAUGGUCUCCUGCAGCAGGGACAUGGUCCUCCGGUCCGGUCUCACUCUGCUGGUCUCCAGUCUGCUGCUGGUGAACGGACAGUACGGUGGAGGUGGAGGAGACCGGGGAGGCGUGUCGGUACCGGAGCACGGGUUCUGCCAGCCCAUCUCCAUCCCGCUGUGCACGGACAUCGCCUACAACCAGACCAUCAUGCCCAACCUGCUGGGCCACACCAACCAGGAGGACGCGGGUCUGGAGGUGCACCAGUUCUACCCGCUGGUGAAGGUCCAGUGCAGUCCGGACCUCAAGUUCUUCCUGUGCUCCAUGUACGCGCCCGUGUGCACGGUGCUGGAGCAGGCUCUGCCUCCGUGCAGGUCUCUGUGCGAGCGUGCACGGCAGGGCUGCGAGGCGCUCAUGAACAAGUUCGGGUUCCAGUGGCCGGACUCGCUGGCCUGUGAGACCUUCCCGGUGCACGGUGCCGGAGAGCUGUGCGUGGGCCAGAACAUGUCUGAUAGAACCGAGCCGGAACCAGCAUCGGGACCGGGCGGGUACACCACCGAGCGAGCGGUUCCGGAUCCCGUGAGCGGUCAGUUCCGGUGCCCGUCGUCGCUCCGGGUUCCUCCCUAUCUGAACUACCGGUUCCUGGGUCAGGAGAACUGCGGAGCGCCGUGCGAACCCAAAAGGUCUCACGGGAUGAUGUACUUCAGCGAGGAGGAGCUCAGGUUCUCCAGGAUCUGGAUCGGGAUCUGGUCCGUGCUUUGUUGCGCGUCCACGCUGUUCACCGUUCUGACCUACCUGGUGGACAUGAAGCGCUUCAGCUACCCGGAGCGUCCCAUCGUCUUCCUGUCCGGCUGCUACACCAUGGUGUCCGUCGCCUACAUCGCCGGGUUCCUCCUGGAGGACAAGGUGGUCUGCAACGACCGCUUCGACAACGACAUCCGGACCGUGGUGCAGGGCACCAAGAAGGAGGGCUGCACCAUCCUCUUCAUGAUGCUCUACUUCUUCAGCAUGGCGAGUUCGAUCUGGUGGGUCAUCCUGGCGCUCACCUGGUUCCUGGCGGCGGGGAUGAAAUGGGGCCACGAGGCCAUCGAGGCCAACUCGCAGUACUUCCACCUGGCGGCGUGGGCCGUGCCCGCAAUCAAGACCAUCACCAUCCUGGCCGUGGGACAGGUGGACGGAGACGUGUUGAGCGGGGUUUGCUUUGUCGGCGUCAACAGCGUGGACGCCCUGCGUGGCUUCGUCUUGGCGCCGCUGUUCGUCUACCUGUUCAUCGGGACGUCCUUCCUGCUGGCGGGCUUCGUGUCGCUGUUUCGCAUCCGAACCAUCAUGAAGCACGACGGCACCAAGACGGAGAAGCUGGAGAAGCUGAUGGUGCGGAUCGGGAUCUUCAGCGUGCUGUACACCGUGCCGGCCACCAUCGUCAUCGCCUGCUACUUCUACGAGCAGGCCUUCCGGGAGCAGUGGGAGCGGACGUGGAUCGGCCAGACGUGCAAGACGUACGCCGUGCCGUGUCCCGUCCAGAACCACCCCAACAUGAGUCCCGACUUCACCGUCUUCAUGAUAAAGUACCUCAUGACGCUCAUCGUGGGCAUCACCUCCGGUUUCUGGAUCUGGUCUGGGAAGACCCUGAACUCGUGGAGGAGGUUUUACACGAGACUGGCUAACAGUAAACAGGGUGAGACCACGGUCUAACGUGGUUUAACCCCGUCCCCCCAACACACAGACUCCUUAGUGACAAACUGAAUGAUAAUCCACUUUUCAUUAUUUUCUUUUGAUUUUUCUCGGACUGACGGAAGAUACUUUUGUAAUGUACAUAUGACAUUUGUGAGAUUUUUGUAAGUAUAUAUUUGUAUUUAAAGAUUUAAAAAAAAAAUCCUUUUUAAAAAAAAAAACACUAAUUUUUUCGUACUUUGGACAUAAUGGAAUUGUACUUUAAUCAUCACAAAGAGCCAGCUGACCAUCA